UAGGUCAGUAGCUUUGCUCGAAAAGGGCUGAGAGUGGGAGUGGAUUUAGCAAGCUGUGAUGUAGUCUGUAAGGUAAAUGUGAGCUUUAUGUUUCUGAACAUAGGAAGGCUGUAAGCGUGCCAGAGUGUGGCCAUCCUUACUGAUGCGGCAGAAUGAGAUAGUACAGAACGUUCUAAGGAUCCAACUUCUACACAGGCAAAAAGUAUGACUGUUCAGCCCAGAGAAUGCAAACUUACCAGAAAAGAAGGAGAAAACUAUGGGUUCUGCUUACGCAUUGAGAAGUAUAAAAUUGGGCACCUUAUCCGGAAUGUGGAAAAAGACAGCCCUGCUGAGAAGGCUGGCCUGAGAGAUGGCGACAGAGUUCUGAGGAUCAAUGGGGUAUUUGUGGACAAGGAAGACCAUGGAAAGGUGGCUGAUUUAGUUAGGACAAGUGCAGAUGUUGUAGUGUUGCUUGUUUUGGAUGAAGAAUCUUAUGAAAAUGGACACAAGGAUGGAGUCUGCUUUGAAGAGCUAGGUCAAAAUGCACAACUCCAGCAGCAGAUCGACCAUCCUUCACUUGUAACAAAUGGAGUACCGGCUCCAUUUCUACAACCUCGAUUCUGCUAUCUAGUGAAAGAACAAAAUAGCUAUGGCUUCUCUUUGAAGACCAUCACAGGUCAGAAAGGAUUGUUCAUUAUAGAUGUGGUCCCCCAAGGAUCGGCUGCAAAAGCUGGAGUGCAGCCAGAUGACCGCCUGAUUGAAGUCAAUGGAGAAAAUGUGGAAAAUGACACUCAUGAUGAAGUUGUUGAGAAGAUAAGAAGAUCUGGAGACCAAGUUGUGUUUCUGCUAUCUAAUAAAGAAACUGACCAGUAUUACAACAGACAGAACAUGCACCUGACAAGAGGAAUGGCUAGUCUGAAAUUAUUACCCAACAAACCACGACUUAUUACACUUGAGAAAGGCAAUAAUGGUUAUGGAUUUUACUUGAGAAUGGAACAAAAUGGAAAAGGUCACUUAAUUAAAGACAUUGACCCUGGCAGCCCUGCGGAUAAAGUAGGUCUUAAGGACAAUGACAUCUUGGUAGCUGUAAAUGGAGAGCCAGUUGAAGCAUUGGACCAUCAUGCUGUGGUGGAGAAAAUCAGACAGUCUGGUGAAAAAACAAUACUGCUAAUAGUGGAUGAAGAGACAGAUGCCAUAUACAAAAUGGCCAAGACAUCUCCAUGCCUCUACCAACAAAUGCCACAUGAGCCAUCUCCACGGGAGGUAGAAGAGCCAACAUUUGCUGAGGAAGUCAAUCAUAAACCCAGGCUCUGCAAGUUGAUAAAGGAUUCCAAAGGAUUCGGCUUCCGUUUGAAUGCCAUCAAGGGUCUGCCUGGCCAAUUUGUUAAAGAGGUACAUAAUGAUGGGCCAGCAGACUUAGCAGGACUGCAAGUUGAUGACAUCUUGAUAGAGGUGAAUGGUAUCAAUGUGGAGAAUGAGGACUAUGAUGUCGUAGUGGCAAAAAUCCAUGAAAGUGGCAACAGGCUGGCACUACUAGUGUGUGGAGAGGAAGCUUAUCAAUAUUUCCAGUCUCGGAAAAUGCCUAUUACUGCCUCGAUGGCAGAUCCAUUAGAUGACGACGAUAACGAACCACCUGCUUAUGCAGAGAUACAACCCUCACAGACAGAACAAGAAAAAGCCAGCAUAUCCUCUUCUUCAGAUUCAGAUAAUGGAAGUGAAGAUACCAAACUGUGAUAUCAAAAAUCACUUUACCUUCCCACAUUUGUACUUGAAAGGCAAUGCUGUAUGACUCCUAUUCUGAAGCAAAGAACUUCCUACUACUAUUAUUGGUAGAUGCUUAUUUGAAGCAAAGUCCCACUGAACACUGGGGAAACUACUUCUGAGACAAAACGUGUGUAAGACUGGGAUGGUACAUAAUUGUUUUAACCAUUUCAGAAUAAGAGGAGAUUGCAUUUGUUUAAUAAAAUUGUUUUGGCUAGAGCUACUGUCCACAUACGAUACAAGCCAGUGAUCAUCUCCCAAUGAAAGUAGCAGAUAAUUUUAUUAAAAUCUAUCACACUAUAUUCUGUUUACCAUUUUCAGAUAAGAAGCUCUGAUGGAUAGACCUUUUAGAAUGAAUUAACUUUAGACUUUGCUGUCCAAUAUUUUAACCACUUGGAAGAAGCUGCCACAUGUGUCUCGCCAACAUGGAUUUAUUAUUUCCAGUACCAAUUAUUUUGAAAACUUCUUUUAUUGCGAGCUUGAAAAUAAAAUUUCAUUCUUGUGUGCA